UCCAAGUCGGUGGCGGACUCGGCCGUGGGGCGCCCGCAGUACAUCACGCAGGUCACGGCCAAGGACGGACGGCUCCUCUCCACGGUCAUCAAGGCGCUGGGCACGCAGAAUGAUGGUCCCAUCUGUCGAAUCUGUCACGAAGGUGGAAAUGGGGAGGGACUGCUUUCCCCAUGUGACUGCACAGGAACACUGGGCACCGUGCACAAGAGCUGCCUGGAAAAAUGGUUAUCCUCCUCCAACACAAGUUACUGUGAGCUGUGCCACACAGAAUUUGUUGUAGAGAGAAGACCGAGACCUUUGACAGAGUGGCUGAAGGAUCCCGGCCCCCGCAAUGAAAAGAGGACCCUUUUCUGUGACAUGGUGUGUUUCCUGUUCAUUACUCCCCUCGCUGCGAUCUCUGGCUGGCUGUGUCUGCGUGGAGCCCAGGAUCAUUUGCAGUUCAACAGCCGACUGGAGGCCAUUGGACUCAUAGCACUAACUAUAGCACUUUUCACAAUCUAUGUCCUUUGGACACUGGUUUCGUUCCGCUACCACUGCCAGCUGUACUCGGAGUGGCGAAGGACCAACCAGAAAGUCCGCUUGAUGAUCCCAGCCUCGCGAAGCCCUCACCCUGUGCCCCACUCCCUCCUCUCUGCCAAGCUCAUGAAGAAGACCGCGGAUGAAACCGCCGUCUGA